UCCGCGAGUUUAUAAACGCUUUCUCCUCCACUUCCACUCUAUCCUCAACACACACCAGACACACACACACGGGGGAAUCAAUGGAGUGUAGAGUGAAACCCCAGACCCUUUCGCUACUAACACGAACUCCGAUUUUCCCUCUCUCUCCGUGCGCCGUCGGAAUCCUCCGCAGUGAAUUCCUCGGCAGCGGCCACAAUCUCAGGCUGCAGCGGCGGAGAUGCAAAAAAUCGCGGCAUAAACACCAGUCUGAUAAUUGCAAGUUUCUCUUCAAAGCCUCGCUCGAAUCGCAGCCGAUUUUUGUAAUCGCCGCCGCAGUUGCCACCGUUUCUGCCAUGACUGUCGUUUAUUUUUCUUAUUCGAGAAAACUAUUUAAUAUCGCACAGAUGUCAGGAGAGCUAACUCUUGCAUUAUCCGAACAAAUAAGAAGUAUGACGAGCUGGAUUCUAACAUCACAUAUUGUUGAUAAGAAAAAAUCUACUGACGGGAGCAAAAAUUUAACGACAGAAACUAGAGAAAAUAUUCAAGCAGAUAAAAAUUCAAGUGCUGAGAUCAAGAUUGGGGAAACUGCUGUGACUCCUGGAGGAGCACUCAUCGUAGAGGCAACUCGAUUUCAGUCUAAUAACGUUGCUUCAAGUGGUCAUGACAGUCUAACCUUCCAGACAUCUGAAACUUUGGAGAUAUCAUCUGCGCCUUCUUUGUUCUCCAACAUCGGUGCCCAACCAUUUUCCAGGGAAGCUUGUGAAGUGCACCGAAACGCACAUGUACACACCAAUUCAGUUGAUUCUGAGUUGUCCACUUCAGUAAUGCAAGUAAAUUUAGGUGCUGCACUUUCUUCAGCAAAUCACGUACAGGAAGAAUCAGAUAAACUUAGUAGACUAAAGUUUGAAUAUCUCGAAGAGGAUGUUAUAAACAACUUGGACCUCAUUUUCCGAGACUCUGUUCGUAGAGAGCUGUACACAAUUAACGAGGCAUCUUUGGAAAAGUUGGAUAACGUGGAACCAUUGUCAUCUUGUGCUACCCUUUCGAAGAAAAUCAACCAUAUAUCCCACUUGAACAAGUCUUUGGCAAAAGGAUCAAAUCUUACUGCACGCAAUGUGAUAUUACCUACGGACACAGAGAAGUUUGAAGAUGAAAAACUUCUUGGAUAUCGCAGUGGAGUCUUUCUUUCCCAGCAGCAGGACUCAAGAAAUAGGAAAGACUCGAGAAAUAGGAAAGAGUUAAAAAAGAAGGACACAAACAUUUCUCAUCAAAAUGAAUCGAAAAACUUAUCCCCAUCUUCUGAUCCCGAGGACAAGCAUAACAAUAACAAGCAAAAUCGUUCAUGGCAAUUACGUGUAUAUGACCAACUUUUGCGGGAAGGCAGGCUAAACGACUGCAUAGAAUUGCUUGAAGAUUUGGAACAGAACAGUUUGUUGGAUAUGGAUAAGGUUUAUCAUGCCAGGUUUUUUGAUGUAUGCAAGUCUCAGAAAGCUGUUAAGGAGGCAUCCCGCUUCAUUAGACUUAUCUCAAAUCCGACCCUGAGUACAUUUAAUAUGUUUAUGUCUGUUUGCGCUAGCUCCCAAGAUUCAGAAGGUGCAUUUCAAGUUCUAAAACAUGUUCAGGAGGUUGGACUGAAAGCCGACUGCAAACUUUACACUACAUUGAUUUCAACUUGUGCUAAAAGUGGUAAAGUGGAUACGAUGUUCAAGGUUUUCCAUGAAAUGGUAAAUGCUGGAGUUGAACCAAAUCUCCACACAUAUGGUGCACUCAUUGAUGGUUGUGCUAAAGCUGGUCAAGUUGCUAAGGCUUUUGGUGCCUAUGGAAUACUCAGAUCAAAGAAUGUGAAGCCAGACCGAGUAGUAUUCAAUGCACUUAUCACUGCAUGCGGUCAAUCAGGUGCAGUGGAUCGUGCAUUUGAUGUAUUAGCUGAAAUGAGGGCAGAGAUACAACCCAUAGAACCUGAUCACAUCACUAUUGGUGCUCUGAUGAAGGCUUGUGCUAGAGCUGAUGAGGUUGAUCGGGCGAGAGAGGUCUACAAUAUGAUUCAUGAGUUUGGCAUCCGCGGCACUGCGGAGCUUUACACUAUUGCCGUGAACAGCUGUAGUCACCAUGGGGAUUGGGAGUUUGCUUGCAGUGUCUAUGAUGACAUGAUAAAAAAAGGUGUCGCUCCUGAUGAGAUGUUUAUAAGCGCAUUGAUAGAUGUCGCGGGGCAUGCUGGAAAAGUGGAUGCUGCAUUUGAAAUCCUACAAGAAGCUAGGGCUAAAGGAAUGCGCAUUGGAAUCAUAUCGUACAGCUCCUUGAUGGGAGCCUGUAGCAAUGCUAGCGAUUGGAAGAAGGCACUGGAGCUGUAUGAGGUCACUAAGAGAAUGAAGCUGAAGCCGACAGUCUCAAUGAUGAAUGCCUUGAUAACUGCUUUGUGUGAUGCGGAUCAACUGCAAAAGGCCAUGGAAAGUUUAUCUGAAAUGAAGAGCGUCGGUUUAUGCCCAAAUACCAUAACUUACUCCAUUCUUUUAGUGGCUUGUGAAAAAAAGGAUGAUCUAGAAGCUGGCCUCAUGCUUAUUUCUCAAGCAAAAAAGGACAAAGUCACUCCUAACCUUGUAAUGUGCCGGUGCCUCAUAGGUAUGUGCUUACGGAGAUUCCAAGCAGCUUGUACAGUGGGCGAGCCUGUACUAUCUUUCAGCUCGGGUCAAGUUCAGCUUAACAGUAAAUGGACAUCCUUGGCGUUGAUGGUUUACAGGGAAACAAUCAUGGCCGGUGUGACACCUACUAUGGAUGAACUUUCGCAAGUUCUGGGAUGCCUAAAGCUCCCUCAUGACGCAUCUAUAAAAAAUAGGCUCAUUGAGAAUCUUGGAGUGAACACUAUUGCAUCAAAAGGUGCAAGCCUUUAUUCCUUGAUUGAUGGAUUUGGGGAAUAUGAUCCCCGCGCUUUUUCUUUAGUUGAGGAGGCUGCUUCUCUUGGAACUAUACCAGUUGUUUCUUUGAAAGAAAGCCCGAUUGUUGUUGAUGUGAGAGAUUUUCAAUUCCAUACAGCUGAGGUGUACCUAUUGACGGUUCUGAAAGGUCUCAAGCAUCGCUUGGCUGCUGGUGUAAAGUUGCCUAAUGUACUUGUUCUGCUGCCCGUCGAACCGACACAGAUUCAGACUUCUGCAGGGGAGAAAAUGAUUAAUUUUGCGGACAGGAGAAGCCAAGCAUUGGCAGCUCUACUGAGGAGACUCGGACUAUCUUAUCAAGGAAAUGAAUCAUUCGGAAAGAUGAAACUAAAUGGUCUUACCAUAAGAAUGUGGUUACAGCCGGAGCUUGGUACUCCUUUCGGUGGAAAGAAAAUAGAUCGGGGCCCACCCCUUAGACGUCUAGGCUCAGACCUAAGCCGUCAACGGCAAAAAAUCAGAACUGGCCAUUUGUCGUUUUAAUGAGAAAUAUGGCGAAAUUUUCUUUAGUAUUUUCAAGGAAGAAGCGCGGAAAUAUGUUGCGGGGAGUAUUUUGUACAUGAGCUGGAAACCCUUGAGAGGGUUUGAGCUAUUCAGAGUUGAAGCACACAGUUCUUAAGGAUUUUUAUUUAUUUUUAAUUUUAUUUUUUUGGAGUUCUAUGAGUUCAAAUUGGAAGGGUAUAUAUUGUCAGUGAAAAUAAGGAUGGCAUCUCUGCGAGUACGGUUGGUCGUGUUGUAAUGUAUGCAGUAUUGAACAAAUACAGUGCCAUUUUGACUGUGCGAUUCUUUUCUAUAAUGAAUGUGGCAGUCAAUAAUUAUGGGAACUCUCCAGAA